GUGUGUGUGUGUGUGUUUCUGCUAUCUGGUUGCGCACGUGUGCAUGCAUGCAAUGCAUGCAAUGCAUGCAUGCGCGCAUGUAUUGCAUUUUACGAUCCCGUAGUGACGUCGUGGGCGUAUGUGUGACACAUGUGCGGUGUCGCGGCGGUGUUCUGCGUUCUUCCGCGGAUCCUGACGAUCCUCCUCUCGGAAUCUCGCCCUCCUUGAUAGCGCCGCCACGCUCUGGAACGUCGUCGGACAUUUCUUCCGUCUCCUCUUUUUCUCCUUUUUCCUUCUUUUUCCUCGCUGACGGAUCCGGUGCUAAUGAGCGUGCGUUAGUGCGCGGCAGGCCCGCGCCACAAACGAUAACGACGCGUCGAAUCGCACCAAGCUCGGAACGCCGGACGUAACAAUCUUAUCUUUUGAUCAUGGAAGACCCCACGGAGGCACAGAAGUGGCAGCAACACCUGUCCCUGCUGCGGGAGCAAUAUGUCAAUUUGUACAACGCGAACGCGGAACUACAGCGGGAGUACGCCGUCGCCACGGCCGAGAAGCAGGAGGGCGGAUUUGUCGGCCGGCUUUUGACGACGGUGGCAUCCUUGUACUGUCAGCACCGUUACAGUGACAUAAGUAUAAAACUGAUUGACCAAGAGAUACCGGCACAUAAAUUCAUACUGUCUGCUAGGACUGAUUUCUUCAGCGACGCCGCUCUCGUCGAAAAGACUGUUUUAGAUUGGAGCAACUUGAAUAGUGCUGUUGCAUUGGUGCUACUGAAAUGGAUUUACACAAGCAAAAUAUCCCAGGAACACCUAACAUUGGAUUUGAUGAAAGCAGCAGCUGGUUUCCAACUGUCCGAACUGGUAGAUCAGUGUGAGAAGUAUCUAAUUGGGACUGUAGGCCUGAAAAAUUGCGUGGGAUUGUACUCGGCAGCCGAGGAACUAGGCACUCUAAAAUUGAAGGAGCAUUGCAGCUCCUUAAUCUCUGCACAUUGGGAAGAUCUGACGGGCGAGGAUUUCAAGGAAAUUCCAGGUUCUCUGCUGUACAAGUUACUGCAGACUAAAAGUAAAUAUCCCUUGCAUGCAGCGGUACGUUUAAUGCGUGAGGACGUUGUAUUUCUAUAUCUGGUGGAACACAACGCCGAGCUUCCGAAGGCGGUCAAUGCUGUGGAUCACAAGGGAGAAACGGCUUUGGAAGUCGCCCUGAAAACUCGCCAGCCAUCCCUGGCACGCACUCUGGUCGAGCAUGGAGCAGAUCUGAGUGCGAAGGAUACGAGAGGUCUUUCUCUCCUUCACUCGGCUAUCUUGAAAGGAGAUUCCUACUCGUCCGAGUUUAUAAUCGAGCAGCUGGAGAACAACGGCAGCGUACAAAAGUUAUGCGAGGCUGUAAAAAUUAAUGAGGGCGCGAAAAAUGUAGCGGAUCUUAAACAACUGGAAGGCUGCACCGCCUUACAUCUAGUGGCGAAGCACAAUACGGAAAAUAUGCUGGCAGUUGGCUCGAGACUACUCCAGGCGGGAAUUGAUCCGAACUUACAAGAUCACAGGGGAUGGACUGCGCUUCACAGUUGUAUCUUUGAGAAAAACGAGAUGUUGUUCGAUCUGUUACUCGCAGCAAAGAAUAUAGAUGUAGAUCAAAUUACAAACAAGGAUGACACAGCGUUGUGUUUCGCGAUGAAGAUGGAACCCUUCAACGAGAACUUUGCAUCGAAAUUACUAAUCAAGGGUGCCAUACCGAAUCCAACGUACGACGUCACCGGAGAUACGUUGCUCCAUAUCUUGACGCAAGAACGCAGAGAGGAAGCGGCGUUAUUCUUAGUGGAAUAUUGUAAUAAUAAUUUAACGAAAACCAACAACGAAGGUUUCACGAUACUGCACGAAGCAUGCAGGGUUGGCUUAAAGGAUCUGACUCGUGCUCUGUUAAGAAACGGGCUGCCGACCGAUGUCGUUACUCUUUCUACUGGCGACGCGCCCAUUCAUUUCGCAAUUUCGAAUCUGUAUACCGACAUAGUCAUCGAACUAUUGGACGCUACGAACUUGGAUUCGCAGCUGACUAUUAAAAACAACGCAAACGAGACACCUCUGAGUUUGGCUAUAAAAGCACCGUUCAAGAAGGGCAAAGAUAUUGUGUUGGCUCUGAUAAAAGCUGGAGCUGAUGUAAAUGAACGCAACGAAGAAGGCCUGACAUUGUUGCAUCAAGCGAUAUUGAAAGAGGAUUCAGCUACAGCGAUAUUUUUAUUAGAAAAUGGUGCUGACAUGAAUACAAAAACAGCCAAUGGAGAAACGCCGUUACAACUGUGCGUACAUUGUAGACUGGGUGAAGUAGUGGAAGCUCUUUGUAGGCGAGGUGUAGACACCUCAAUAGGAUGCCCAUUGUGGGACGCUUUGGAUUCAGAUCAAGAAGACACCGCAUCGAUCUUGGUUAAACAUGGAGCGGACACUGAUUGCUGGGGUCCAGGUCCCGAUGGAUGUCAGCAAACGUUAUUACACAGAGCGAUCGAUGAUAAUAAAGAGGAUAUCGCGCAAUUUCUGAUUAGAAGUGGAUGUGAUUUGAAUGCUCCGAGACGACUUGGUCCAGAUGGUGCUGGUGGAGACGAGGCAAGAGACGAGUGCACACCUUUACAUUUGUGUUGUCAAUGGGGAUUGGAACAAGUUGUUCAAACGCUCAUCGAGCAUGGAGCCGAUGUGAAUGCCCGUGACACAGAGGGAAAAACACCUGUGCACGUAGCGAUACAGAAUCAGCACUCGCAGAUUAUUUCUCUUUUGCUAUGCCAUCCAAAUAUAGAUCUGAAUAAAAGAGAUAAGAAGGGACUGACACCUUUCGCAACCGCUCUGACAGUCCGCAACAACAAAGCCGCACAAGCAAUAUUAGAGAGAUUACCUAAGGCCGCUGAGCAAUACGACAAUAAAGGCAGAAACUUUUUGCAUACUGCUAUACAGAAGGGUGACAUGGAGAGCAUUUUAUUUUUAUUGUCGAUACAAGUAGACGUAAACUCGAGAAUACAUGACGUUACGCAAACGCCUCCCUUACAUCUUGCAGCCGUUUCGGGGAACGAGAUGUUGGUGCGAAGUUUGAUUUUGGCGGGUGCUCGUGUCAACGAUACAGAUGCAAAUAGGAACACCGCGUUGCACGUGGCGGCAAAAGCGGGACAUGCUACUGUCGUCUCCGCAUUAUUGCAAAACAACAUUAACUUUGAUGCGGUAAACGCGGACGGCGAUAACGCGUUGCACGUAGCUGUAAGAGAGGGUCACGUAUCAGUAGUACGGACGUUGUUGACUGAGUGUACGCUAGAUGCGGAAGCGGUAAAUCUCAAGGGUCGCAACCCUCUACAUGAGCUGGCCAGAUGUGCGAGGGAUAACGCUGCGACGAUAUGCGACCUGUUUUUAGAAUGCAUGUCACAAUAUCCAGUUAAUAACGCAGAUUUAGAUGGAAAUACGCCGUUGUUAAUUGCGUACAUGAAGGGCAAUGGCAAUCUUUGUAGAACAUUAGUGAAAGCUGGAGCGUGUCUAGGUUCGAUGAAUAAAGAUGGAAUUACGAUCUUCAAUUAUCAAGUAGCGACGAAACAGCUAUUAUAUAGACUGUUAGAUUCCCUGACACAAGAAGCACCGUGGUCAGACAAAGAUUGCUGCUUAGAGUGCGGAACAAAAUUCUCUCUCACAAUGCGCAAGCAUCACUGCCGACAUUGUGGACGAAUUUUGUGCAGCAAGUGUUCUGGUCAAGAUGUACCAAUCUUGAAAUUCGGCUUGAACAAGCCAGUACGCGUGUGCAACGUGUGCUUCGAUGUAUUGUUGGGUACAGGUUCUCUUCAACCGUCAUAGUUAAAAUAAGAAUUUAUAUGUGAUUACUGAUAGGAGAAGAGAGCAAAUGUUUUUUUAUAUGAAGAAAAUGCAGAUACAAAUCGAAAGUAUGUGUAAUUGUACGUCAUUGAUAUUUUAUGUAUCCUAUUGUAUACAUAUUGUUCAAAUUUGUUAAAACUAUCUCAUAGAGUUGAAAUACAGAUGAAGAGACUGUGGAUCAAUAUAAUUCCCCUCUGUA